CAUUGCGCGGCAAGAAGUGAAGAGGAGGAAGCCGAGUUGAAGGGGAAGGGCGAGAGGACGCGCGGAGGAGAAUCGCGCGCCGGAGUGGGUGCCCGGCAGAGAUCGGCCGGGCGAGCCGGCGGAGUGUUGCAGAGCGAUUUCUCUUGUGUGCCAGCGGUUGUGCGCGCGCGCGCGUGGAGGCGAUGCUCGGCUGAGGGAUCGGCGGCGCUGUUCUUCCUCCCUUCUUCACCACCACCUCCUCCUCCUCCUCUUCAUCGCUCGUCCCAGCUGGUCUCUUCCCAGCGCAUCAUCGGGAUCAGGGUGCCGCUGCUCCGCUGGCGGCGGCUCGGCUUGGCGACGGGAUGGCAGAGCAACUGUGCUCCGAGCGCCAGAUCCCGCACAUCCAAAAGGAUAACCUCUUAAAGAGUCCCGGGAGCUCUUCGAGCGACCUGGGCGCCCGGCUGGGCUGCGCGCUGGCGUCGCAGCUGCACCUGAAGCCGCCCUCGCAGUUCCUGUCGACCUCGACCGCGGGCCGGGGCCCGCUCUCGUCGGCGCUCUCCCAGAGGCUGUCGCGCGCCGUCGCCGGCGCGGCGAGCAGCUCCAGCGCCCUGUGGGACAAGUCCACCUCGCUGCCCAGCAUCGCCGUGCAGAGGGUCGGCCUGCUGCACCACGCGUCCUCCGGCACCGGGGGGCCUGCAGCGGCCAGCACGAGCGGCGUCGCCUCUUCGUCGUCGUCGCGUCUCUCGUCGGCGACACGCUGCUCCUUAACGGCGACGGCCGCCGCCGCCGGCGCGGCAAACGCGACGCCGGCGUCGCAGCCGGCGUCCUGCGGCGCGGCGCUGCCGGCCGUCUCGGCAGCCGUCUCGUCUUGCAACUCGUCUUCGAUGCACAGCGUGGCGUGCCGGAGCCUGAACUGCAGUAACAACAAUAACAACAAUGGCAUGAACGGCGUCAACGGCGGCAGCGCGUCCGAGCUGCGCUCAAGCUUGGACUCGGCCAGCUGCAACGGGGCACUGUCCUCGUCCGGCGACGUGCACCGCAGGAGGCAGUCGCCGGACGGACCGAACGUCGACCCCCACGGGCGACGGCUACCCCUCUCGCCCGCCGAGGCCCUUCUUUACUACGGCAACCGGUUGAGUACCUACGAGCGUACCGAGGUGACCCAGUACCGCGACAUCUGGUACCUGGGCCUGAACGCCAGCAAGAUCGAGUACGACGAAGGGGUCGGCCAGAACGGCGGAUACGACGACGAGACCGGCUCCUACAUCAAGGUGAUGCAUGACCACAUCGCGUUCCGGUACGAGAUUCUGGAGGUUAUCGGAAAGGGCUCCUUCGGCCAGGUCAUCAGGGCCUACGACCACAAGACCAAGGAGCACGUCGCACUCAAGAUCAUCCGCAACAAGAAGCGGUUUCAUCAACAGGCCCUCAUUGAAGUGAAGAUAUUAGACCAUUUGAAGAAAAAGGACAAGGACCAGUAUCACAACGUCAUACACAUGUAUGACUAUUUCUACUUCAGGAGCCACUUAUGCAUCACGUUUGAACUGAUGGGAAUGAACCUGUAUGAGCUCAUCAAGAACAACAGCUAUCAGGGCUUCAGCCUGAAUCUCAUCAGGAGGUUUGCCUACUCCCUUGUGCAAUGCCUGCGGCUCCUCCACCGGGAGAGGAUUAUACACUGUGAUCUCAAGCCUGAAAAUAUUCUCCUCAAGCAGAGGGGCAGCAGCGCCAUCAAGGUGAUAGAUUUUGGCAGCUCCUGCUUCGUACACCAAAGGGUCUACACAUACAUCCAGUCUCGAUUCUACCGCUCCCCGGAGGUGAUCCUUGGCCUUCCAUAUGGCACCGCCAUAGACAUCUGGAGCCUGGGCUGUAUCCUUGCCGAGCUGUACACGGGCCUUCCCUUGUUCCCGGGCGAACAUGAGGCCGACCAGUUGGCCUGUAUCAUGGAGGUGCUUGGCAUGCCACCCCCUUGCGUCCUUGAGCUGGCAACCCGCAGGAGGCUCUUCUUCGACUCGAAGAACGUUCCUCGUCUAACUCAGAACAGCAAAGGAAAGAAGCGAAGACCAAACUCGAAAACGCUUGCUGCUGUUUUAGGCUGCAAUGACGAGGAGUUCGUCGACUUCCUUUCCCUUUGCCUUGUGUGGAAUCCCGACACCCGAGUUACUCCUGACGAGGCACUGAGGCACUCCUGGCUUGCCAUGCCAAAGGACUCGAGGCAAAUCUACAAGACGGUACAGGCCAUCACUGUUAAGGAGACAGAAACAGGCAACUUAUCGAACUCCUACAAGGUCUACAAGUGUGCCAGGCCAACCGAGCAGAAAAUUACGGAGCAGAGGAAAGCCACUACAUCCAGCAGCGACACAAGCGCCUCAUCCGAGGAGUCCCCGCUUCUGCCAAGCAGCUCUGGGAGCCACUGCGGUAGCCUCAGCAAUGGUCACAAGUUCCACGGAGAUCCUCUCCAGGACUCCGGCACUUUCCUGCCACCCAUCCUGUGACGCCAGCUUGUCCAGGGCAGACGGGCAAGCUGCUCGCAACCGAUCAGCUGCACAUAGAGUGAAGAGAUUGUUCCGCCACCUCUUUUUGUUGCUGCGUCAUGAACGGCGAAGAUGCCCAAAAUGUAUUUGCAGCGAAAAGGGCACAUCCCAUUUGCCGUUGGCCUACUGCAUUGUUUGCAGCCUACUUACUUUAUCUUGUUUUGUUCGUAUGUGACUUGAAUGUGGGCUCUCAGUAAACCUAGACCUAACAUAUAUAUCUAUACCAUAUGUACACACCGAUAAACCAUGCACUUGUCUCUUGUGGCUAGCUGCAUUAAUUUAUGGCAUGACCACACCAGCAAAAAAAAAGAAAAAGGCAGAUGCAAGCUAGCGGUACAAUGCUCCUGCAAUGAAAAAGCCAUUACUGGUCAACAUCCUUUCCCUGUCCUAUUUUUUUUCAUGGUAUCCAUUAAGUGAGAUAACGGCAACUAUUCUGCUGGGCAUUUGUAUUCAUCAUCUCACAUAACAAGAAAAGUCAAUUUACAUUGAACUGCCAUCAUUUGGUAUCGAGCGCAGCUCACCAAAAAGAUAUGGAAUCUACCUCUCAUCCACCUAGCUUGAUAGGCUCAGCGCUAAAAUGCCCAUGUUGGUCCCAUGGCUAUAAUGCCCAUGUUAGACCCAUGACUGAAGAAUAAUUACCAUUCUCCACACAGGUUAGUGAAGCACACAUUUAUGCCACUUUCUUUCCUUUCUAUCUUUUCUUUUUUUGCCGGUGUGAACAUGCUUUAGAGGCGUUAUGUCACGCUGCGAAUAAGCCUCCAAAAGAAUUUUUUAGCAUUUAAGGCCUUAUAUUUAGGCCUAACUGCACAUUGUAAUGAUGGCAGAGUUGGGCAGUGUACAAUGAGAGGCCUCGAAUACAAGGCAGUGAGCAUCAUCUGGCAGCUCAACAGUGUACUUGAUGCAAGAAACUCUGUUGGAUAUUUUAUCCCUACAACAAUCCUUUGUCAUUUAACAUGCGUAUGUGCGCAAGCGUUUAUUUCUUGCGUGACAGUCCUUAAUUGUGUGCACUUCCUCGUCAAGAAGAUGUCGUACGCACUACACAACCCACAACCUUCAGCGACAUUAUUGAUCUACCGAAAUUCCUGUGAUGGUCUUACAAGCUGGUGGUAUAUGUGAAAAGAAACCUUGAGAUUAUUGUUUUAUGCUGCCCGAGGUGGUUAUUGCCUGUGCAAGACUUCCCACUUUCAGCUUCAGCGUUGUAUAAUGGUAUCAGUAGAAAAAAUGUGGCUGGUGAAAAAUUAAGCCACAUUAGACAUUUCAUAAAGUACACUAUUUGCCAUUCUCCCUACUUUGCAUCCAAAACCAGUUACCCUAUAAUUUUUGCUGUUUGUAGAGUCUUGGCUUCAUAAUUCCAUCGCAGUGCCAGCCAUCUUCAAUAUGUCCUGUCACCAAUCAUCAAUCUGUCUGAUUUAGUGAUUCAAAUCAGCUACAGGUUGUGGCUCUGUGUGUGACACUCACGAUAUCAUCGCUUUGAAGCGUUUCUUUUGCGCCAAGUUGUUGUGAUCCCAAUUGCAAAGCCUGCAUUAUAAGGUCACCUUUGUACUCGACAGUGCAUAGACACUCUCGUAGUUGGGUUUUUCAGAGGUUAAUGUACAGCUGGUGAUUUAAGACGCAUGUUUAAGACACAUUACGACAUCAUUCGCAGAGAGAAACAGUGUGUGAAGAGGCACAGAAUGAGUUAGUGACAGAGUGGAUGGGGAGAAGGAAUUAAAGGCACUAGGAUUGCAUCCAGUUUGCUGCUCCUAUAGUUGAUGAAAAUAUAACACAUCCCAGCUGAUGCUAUGCUUGCGAGCAGCCCCACUAAACACCAAGUUUUCAAACACUGGUGCAACCACAUAUUCAGGAGGUCCCGCAUGCGCUAAACUGGCCAUGAGGCUAGCUGCGUACAUGUUGGAUCAUACAAUCAUGAGCUCAUUGUAGUGCCGAUAAUGCCGAGUCAUUUUUAGUAUGCAAAGUCUGCGCAUCGCACUGUAAACUGCGACCUGUAAAUAAAUACAUACUGCGCACUUUAAUUGAAAAGCAAAGGGCGUGCAAAAAAGUGUUUUGCUUUUCUUGUUCAAGGCCUGUAUUGCAGGAGCAUGUAGUCCUGUAUACACAGACUGAGGCUAAAGUGUGUGGGAGAGUGAAAAGUGAGGGGAUUUGCAUUGUGGCACUUCCCGGUGCACUUUCGAGCUGUACAGCAGCAUGUGGCGUUGCAGUGCUGUUGAAGUCUCGCGUGAAAUACGUACAGCUUUGUAUUAUAGUCGCCGUGUUGACCGCAGCGUCGUGUCAUGUGUUCUGUCUCAGUGUAACGGCAAUGUUCUUUCGCUGUUGUCGCUUUCCUUAUCCAAUACGGCAAGACUAGCCCCCCAUAAACCUUCUCUAAAAAAAGAUACCCCCUAUAGGUCCUCACUCUUGUGUCAUCAGGUUCCAGAAGCCUAUAGAGUACAUCAUCAAUGCAGCGUCAACAUAGGAACAUCGCUUUGUGUAACCAGAACUUUGGAUGCGAUAUCAUGUGCUGUAGUUUACUACAAAAUAUUUUCCAUGCAUUUACACUGUUGCUGCGAGCAACAGCUCCAAUGAUAGUAUUCGCUUAUGAAAAGCUAGAUCUAGGUCCUUGCUUAUGUUUGUUUGACCAAUUUUUUUUUAUAAUCAUUGCUCGCUUCUCAAAUGCGUUGUGAAAGAGGGCCAUAGCCUUCGUGAGAGGUCCUGGCAGGAUGUGUGCAUCUAUACUGUUAACAAAUGCAAGCUAAAGUCAUGUGUACAGAUGCUGGUUAGUAUGUCAUGCAACGAGGAGAGGAAAUGUGCUAUAAAUCUCAACCGUAUUUCUGUUUUUCCUCCGGGUUACAUUUUAGGUUAAGCUAUACAGUAAGACAGGGCUAUACACCGUUCACUGUGCAUGCCAGUUUCUUGACAGAAACAACUUCUGCAUAAUAGAACUCAAGAAAGCCUUGACUCGUAGGUAAAAGACUGAACUGACGCUGUCACAGGUGUGCCACCAUGGAAGGAGCGAGGCCAUCUUAAUAUGUGCCAGUGCUUCGCCUUACCUUCUCUCAUGUUAAAAUGGGUCGCUAAACUUAGCGAAAGGAGACAGAGGGCGAUUUUCGGAAACAUGUCGAAGGCUUUUAGGCACCUCACAGUCGUGUGUCAAGGCGAGGCUGAGAAGAAAAAAAUGUGCCGGAGUAAUGCUAUAAAACACGAAUCAUUGUCAGUGUAGGAUCUUGGAUUUCCAGGAAGCAUAACUAUAAACAUGGAAGAGUCAUUAAUGCAUUUACUACAUACAGGUGGUGGACAGAAAAUGUAACCCUUUCGCAGAAAAUAAGUGGACCAGCCAAUGUAUGCGUCAUAUGUUUAACUUUAGGAUAGUUAGUAGUAGUUGUACCUUUGCCGUCAUGCCUUUUGCCAGUGGCCUGAAACCACUAUUAUUACCGUACAAAUCUGUGCAGAAGUUUGGGGAAAAAGCCCCUAGUGACUGCAAAGGCUUUUAACGCAAUACGCAAAUCAUGGCUGUCAGCUGUUUAAUUUUUGUGUUCUUUAUUAUUACGAAAAAGAGCAACAAUAUUGGCUAUUGUGUUGGAGAACUAGAGAUGGGGUCAAAGCCAAAAGCAUCCUUAUAACAAAUAAAAGUGAAUGUAUAACCGUCAGUGUUGAGUAAAGCUUUUAAAUCAAUGCAGUCAAACCCGAAGAAAUGUGCUCAACAAGUAGAAUAUACCUACAUACCAAGUUUUUGCAGUUAUGUAAGAGUAAACACAGGACGUUUUAUGCGAAGAUAAAAUGCUUUCUCCUCAGUUUACGAAUAACAGUGCUUGUUUGUUUGCUUAAACAUGCAUAAACAUGCAUGCUUAAACUACUAAGCUCUUUUUCCUGGAUGGACAAGAUGUAAAUAAGACUAAACAAGACUCAUCUCUAACUUGCAAUGUUGGGGUUUUUGUGCGUACUAUUCAAUCAUGCAGAAAACAGGAAAAAAGAAGAAAUAAAGGGGGCACGUUUGUUUUUGAGGUAGACCAAUGCUAGUUGAACAUUCUGAUAAAGUGAAAAUCUUGCUAUUCAUAUAUUUUGUUAUUUGGUUCUCUAUUGAUUUUUUUUCUUAUUCAAAGACCGCAAUAAACCUGUCAUUUUCAUGUGUGGAAAAAGAGAGACUGCAAGAUAAACUUUUGUUGCGCUAAAAUGCUCAAAUGCACCAAGUUUCAAGUUUCCAUCUACUUUACUGGGCUGUAGGUAUGAAAGAGGCACAAAUUUUAAUGUUCAAGCUCUCAACAAGGUUGCUUUCAGUUUUUGUUGGCAAUACAAUUCUGGAGACUAAGAAAAAUAGUGUGCAGUUUCCAUUGAUGGAGCCUCACUAAAUGACAUGAGAAAAGUUAACUUACUAGCCUGAAGUGUUGCACACAGGCUGGAGUGAUUUUACCAAUCACAUUGAAACUGUUUGGACGAGUUGCUGCGCUCUGAUGUCAGUCUCAUCCUUUCCAAAAUAGUUGGUAGUCUCGUCUGCCCCACCCCCAAAAUGUGCCGUGGUUGCUCACUUUUGUUGUUGCUACUGCUGUUGUUGUUGCAUAAAACUGUGCAUGUGCUGUUGUUUCUUUGUGCAGUGAGUAAUUGUAAUGGCUUUUAUGACAAAUCUUCGCUUGCACUGUCUUAGUCGCCUUUUCUCGUUAAUCAUUCCCUUCAGGGACGGUACAUAAGCUUGCUUGGGAUGUCGGAGGGCCAGUUUUUGUCUACCAUCACAGAGCUGGGGGAAUUCUGGAAUCAGUCACACCAGAGGACACUGAGCAGCAAAACAAGGAGUUGACAAGGGUUUUCUUGGUGAUGGAGAAUGCGCGGCUUGAUGGCCGAAUCCCCAUUUGGUUCCCCAGUGUCUAGCGAAUCUAGUCGUGCUCCUGUGAGGUCGUUAUGCUCCAUGAGUAUCCUUUUUUUUUUCCCCCUUCUGUAUAGAUUUUGUUUAUUUGCGUAACCUUGUGCGUAUAAGUGCUGUUUUUCUCUGCUGAGUCUUCGCUCUUUCACAUACUUUGGUCCAACUUUCAUGCGCACUGUCUCUUCUGGAGUUGUCUGGCCGUGCAUAUUGGCCAGUUAGUUUGUUGUGCACCUUGCUCGGAAGCUGGAGCCUCCCAGAUACAAGAAAUUUUCUAUGCGAGAACGGCGCUGCUUUGGAUAAACAAUCUGUUCAUAUAUGCAGAGGCAGUGCAUGGAUACAUGAGCAUCUUCCAUGCCUGCUUGCAGCAUCCCCAUAAAAAACAAGCAACAUAAAAGACAUCUGAAUCAGCAUGCAGCCAACCCAAAAUUCCUGCCAGGUAUUAGGCAAUGUAAUAAGGAUAGCCUGUGUUAUUUAUAUAGGGCCAAUGCUUGGCUAUAGCUCUCACACAGCUUUCAGUCCAUUUGACAAGCAUGAAGUACACGCUUAUGUUGCAAUAUGUGCAGCAGGGCAGAACUAUUUCUCGAAUUUGGGCACCUCCUCCCAGUGAACAUAAUAUUUUGCUCGGAGCUCUCCAAGGUGGACUGCAGUAUGUGGCAAAACAUUAGGGUGACGCAAGCUGGUUCUUUAGCAAUACGCUAACUAUCUGCAUUCAUAAAUAGCGCUGCCUGCUGCUUAAGUUAGGCAGCUACUAACUUACUUUAUUUGCAACGUAUACUGCCAACCUGCCUAUGAAAGCCUAUUAAAAGUCACAAAGAGUUGAAAGCGGAAUGGUAAUCGAAUGGAUUGGAGUGAAAACAAACUGACAAGGAGCCACGUGAAAGAAAAUGCCACUUUUGCAGUGAAAAAUGCGAGUUAGCAAAAACACAAGAAAGAACUAAGCACCGUGCACUUUUCUAACAGCUAGCAGAGCUUGUUCAAAUUAAGUUGAACUUGAAUCAGUGAUGCCACUAGAAUCUGCAAUGCUUGAGGUUGGCAUGGUACAGUUCUACAACGCUCCCUUUUCUGUGGCUGUUUGAAUAUGCCUGUCUGGUUGAGUCAUUUAUUUGUUUGUAUAAAAUUACUCAUUUCAUUGGACAAAUUUGUUUGACAAAAGAUGUUGGGGACCUAUAAAUCGUUGAAAUAUACGUCAGCACAGUGCCAAUUCGGACCAGUUGGAUGAAUAAAUGGCGCUCUUAAGAAGGACAUACAACAGACUACAGCAGCACUUGCCUAGCCGUGUUGUCUGGUGUAUGUACGUCCUAUUCAAUAGCUCUGCUUCUUUAUUCAUCCAAAUAGUUACACAUCAGUUCACGUUAGGUGAUGUGAACAAACUAAUGAACAUCCCUGAAGUAUUACAUGUGGCUUCCAGCACCUGUCGAGGUUCACGUAACUUAAUAGGUGUCCCUCUAUUAACUUGUCUGAGAAAAAAAGAAGGAUGGAACAAACUGAAAUCGGAACAAUAUAUAUAUGUGCGAUGAGCCAACACUGUCUCUUCAAAAUCCACCCUCCAUGAAGAGCUCUGAUCAUAUCACUCGCUUUUCUCUGCACAACUUUCUUUCCCUUUCCUUGCAUUGUGACUUGGUGGGUAUACUAUUUAUGGUGUCAACUUCCAUAUGUUUACUUAGACGUGCAAAAGUGUACAUGCUUUCUGGUGAACUCAGAACCUGUCGAGUGAUGUCAUGGGUGCCUUUGACAAGAGAGAAUGUGCGGAGUGAUAACAAAUAAAAUAUGAACACAAGAAUCCGUGAAGUGCAGUUGAUAUGUGAUUGGACUGCAAUUGAAAUCAAUGUGCGAAUAAAGCAUUGGUUUUGCUCUCUGGUCUGAAA